AUGGCGAUGACGAUGGUAAAUGAUGACGAUGGUAAUAGAAAUAAUAAUGAUAAAAGUAAUAAUACAUGUAGUAAUAAUGAUAAUGAUGAUGAUGAUAAUAAUGAUAAUAAUGAUGAUAAUAAUAAUGAUAAUAAUAAUGGUGAUGACGAUGAUUGUGCGUAUGAAAGUAUGACAAAUCUGUAUGAAUCUAACUACCUCGAAAUAGGCCAGUAUGGAAUCGGUGGACCAUUUUGGUACGCAGCCGGGGCUUGCAUCCAAAUCCUAUUGUUUUCCAUGUUGGCAGUCCAGCUGAAAACUCGAGCCCCAGGGGCCAAAACUUUUUUACAAGUGAUACGGGCCCGAUUCGGAAAGACUUGUCAUAAAGUCUUCUGCUGUUUUGCUUUGGCUACCAAUAUCAUAGUAACAUCUAUGCUUAUGUUAGGAGGAGCUGCAGUGAUAACCAGUUUAGUAGAGGGCAUGAGUGUGGAGUAUGCUACAAUGUUAGUAGCUAUGAUUACUGGCGCUUAUACUGUAAUCGGGGGACUCGGAGCAACUUUUUAUGUCUCCUACUUCAAUACAGCUAUAAUCUACAUCGUUACCUUGAUAUUUCUUACCAAAGUCUACCACGAUGACGAUGUCAAAAAUCCACUCGGAAGCGUAGAAAAGGUGUAUAAUCUAGUCUACUGUAAUAUGGCACCGGAAGGAAACCAAGAAAACAGUUAUUUUACCAUCAUCUCCACUGAAGGUUUGAUGUUUGGUAUCAUCAAUAUUAUAGGUAAUUUUGGGACAGUGUUUGUAGAUCAGUCGUAUUGGCAGAGUGCUGUAGCUGCCAAGCCUAAACAGGGCGUGGUGGGGUUUCUCUUGGGAGGAAUGGCUUGGUUUGCCAUACCGUUUACACUGUCCACCACCAUGGGGUUGGCUUAUGUUGCCUUAAGCACCAGACAAGGUCAACCGCUAUUAUCUGAAGCCGAAGUCGGUGCUGGUUUAGUACCACCAAUAGUGGCGCAGUCAUUACUGGGGAAAUCGGGUGAAUUAUUGAUGUUAGUGAUGAUAGUAAUGGCCAUCACAUCCACUGGCUCGUCAGAAGUCAUGGCUGUUACAUCGAUUUUAAUUUUUGAUGUUUACGCUCUUUAUUUGAAGCCGUACAGACUGACCAACGACACCAACAGCUGUAUUCUAUGUGGUAAAAGCCGGGGUAGAAUGGCGAACCCUAGAGACAAAUGUAAAUGUAAUAGUAUGACACACUGUUCCUCGUGUUACCAGGACGAUAAAAACAGGGGUGAUUGUAAACGAGCCAUCAAACCAGACUAUAAGUGUACCAUCCACGGAAGCUACAGAGUCUAUCUAGAUUAUUUAAAUGGUCUCAAAAACUGGUGUCUUGUCAUAGUAUCCAUCUGUAUCGUGCCUUUAACUAUAUUACUCGACAUCAUCCAGUUGAACCUGGGAUGGGUGUAUCUGUUCAUGGGCGUCCUGAUCGGAAGUGCUGUGAUACCCAUAUCUUUAUCCAUGUUCUGGAACCGACUUACAGGAAUCGGAAUGGUCUGUGGCAGUUUAUCUGGCACCAUACUGGCGCUAAUAGUUUGGAUGUCGGUAGCUUCACUAUAUGAAGGAGGCCUCGGCGAUUUUCUCAUUAAUACAGGUAAAGAAAUCCCAAUGUUAUGUGGUAAUUUAACGUCUAUAUUAGCUGGUGGUUUAAUCACAGUUGUAGUGUCGCUUAUCACUAACCGCCAUUACGACGCCAUGUUGGGCCGGGAGAUCUGGGAAACAACACGUGACAUCGAUAAUCCACUCAACCCGUGGACGGAAACAUUCGCCAAGGAGUUAAAUCUUAGCGGAGCUCAUCAGUUAGACAACCGACCCUCCUUAGAAGAAGUCACCAAUACUUUUAAAUAUGCAAGAUAUUUAGCUGUCGGAGGUUCUCUAACUUUAACCGGCUCCCUGAUAUUCCUCUGGCCUUCCAUAAUGGUAGCUGUCGAAGUUAUGGACUUAUCAGGCUUCUCGAACUGGGUCGCUUUAUCGGAUGUUUGGGCAUACCUGGCCACCGUCUCUAUGAUAGUUAUACCUCUUAUAAACGAAAUUUAUGAUGUCUUUCAUGCUUUGAAGUCCAAACAGCAGCGUAUUUCAACUCACGACGAACGUCUCAUAGACGUAGAAAAACAUGUGAAAUCUAGAAAUAGUUUAAAUUCCAGUUCGCCGCGCUUAAAAAAACCUCACGAAGACAAUAUGUGUAUUAAUACUAUUGAAAAAAUAGACAAAACUGACGAAGCGUCACCAGGAAACCCGUCCACAAACAAUCAUAGUGCUACCUCUUUAAGAAUAGACGAAGAAACGAAUAGUGAACUUCGUGUGACGUCUGGCUACAUUAUUCCUGAGGACACGCCCGAGUCCAAAAGGACGAAUCAGACCUCGCCAAUAUUUGAUUAA